CGUGUACGAGCAAACAUAACAGCCAGAAGUCGUGCCACAAAGAAACGCUCUGGUGGAAGUAGUGCAAUGACUCCUGCCAUGCCAGGGAGAAAAUGCUACAGACUAGUUGUUAUGAGUUUUGGACUCCUCUGUAUCCUACAAGCUGCUCUUAACAUUUCACUACGUCUUCUGCUCUAUAACAAAACUGUGAACAUGGAGGCCAGUUUAAAAACUGUUACUGAGGAGCGAGAUCAGCUGAAGAGGAAGCUGAGUGACACUGAUAACAAAACUGUGAACAUUGAGGCCAGUUUAAAAGCUGUUACUGAAGAGCGAGAUCAGCUGAAGAGGAAGCUGAGUGACACUGAUCAUUAUUCCCACCAAGGAUGGAUAUAUUUCCAGAGUAGUUUUUAUUACAUUUCUACUAUCAGGAAAACCUGGCAUGAAAGUAGAGACGACUGCCUGCAACGAGGGGCAGACCUCAUGAUUAUCAACAGCAGAGAGGAACAGCUUUUCACAAUGCGACUGAAGGACGAAAUGUGGAUUGGCCUGAAAGACAGCAAGACAGUGGAGAAAUGGAAAUGGGUUGAUGGGACUCCACUGACCAAUAGGUUCACACAUUACUCUCUUAUUCAUAUUCAUAUAACUAAAGGUUUUAAAGAACUGGUAUUAUGGCCCUGUUUGACCCACAUAUAAUUAGAAUUUUAACAAACU